AUGAGCAACUCCAAGACCGAUCAGCUCAUCACUGACGCCAACAAAGCUUUUUACGCGCUCACUGCUGCUGAGUAUGACAAGUUAGGUCGUGGUAUGGUGGUUGAGGUUGCCAAGACCAAUGCUACAAACAUCCUUGCCCGCGUUCCCGGCAUAAAUACUUCCAAGACCGAGCUGAUGGAUUUUGCAGCUGGAACCGGACUGCUCGCCAUGUUCCUUGCCCCUCGUUGCAAGACAGUCACCGCUGUCGAUCAGUCCGAGGCAAUGAUUCAGCAGCUUCGAAACAAGCUCGAUGCGCAAUCAGAUGGAGAGAACAAAAUCGACAACAUCGUGCCUGUCGUUACCGACAUCCUUGACAGAUCAUCGCCUAGCGGCUCCCUUACUGGAAAGCUGUUUGAUGUGAUCACCUGCACAAACUCUUAUCAUCACCUUAGUGAUCCUAAAAGUGUGACACAGGUGCUAGCAAGCUACCUCAAGCCAGGGGGAUAUCUGGCUGUCGUAGACCUGAUCAAGACGGACAAGUCUGCAGAAUUCCACAAUGCACCAAAGACCAUUGAACAGCAAGAUGGAUCCCACAAACAGAUUGACGAGUUCGGCGCGCAGCCGUCGAAUGUUCAUGAGGGGGAAAAUCAGUCUCACGGCAGCGAGAGUCAUCAUGGCCAACACCACCAUCAUCACCAUCAUCACGACUCCAGCGGUCACAAAACCCACAAGCACGAGCAUGUCAUUGCGCACAGAGGCGGCUUCAGUGAUGCCGAAAUGGAGGACUUCUUCUCUGCAGCUGAUCUCAAGCUGGUCAACAUGGGCAAGUCGGCUCAAUUCGUCAAAGACGGUAAGGCAUACGACAACUUUCUAGCGAUCGCUCAGAAGCCUUUGUAA